AUGUCCCGGCCGGGCCAGGGCGUGCUGAUGCCGGUGAGCGGGCUGGGCUUCCCGCCGCAGAACGUGGCCCGCGUGGUGGUGUGGGAGUGGCUGAAUGAGCACAGCCGCUGGCGCCCCUACUCGGCCACCGUGUGUCACCACAUCGAGAACGUGCUCAAGGAGGACGCCCGCGGCUCCGUGGUCCUGGGCCAGGUGGACGCCCAGCUGGUGCCCUACGUCAUCGACCUGCAGUCCAUGCACCAGUUCCGCCAGGACACAGGCACCAUGCGGCCCGUGCGGCGCAACUUCUACGACCCGUCGUCGGCGCCGGGCAAGGGCAUCGUGUGGGAGUGGGAGAGCGACGGCGGCGCCUGGACGGCCUACGACAUGGACAUCUGCAUCACCAUCCAGAACGCCUACGAGAAGCAGCACCCCUGGCUGGACCUGUCGUCGCUCGGCUUCUGCUACCUCAUCUCCUUCGGCAGCAUGUCGCAGAUGAACCGCCAGACGCGCCGGCGCCGCCGGCUGCGCCGCCGCCUGGACCUGGCCUACCCGCUCACCGUGGGCUCCAUCCCCAAGUCGCAGUCGUGGCCCGUGGGCGCGGGCUCGGGCCAGCCCUGCUCCUGCCAGCAGUGCCUGCUGGUCAACAGCACGCGCGCCGCCUCCAACGCCAUCCUGGCCUCGCAGCGCCGCCGGGCGCCCCCGGCCGCCGCGCCCCCGCCGCCCCCCGGGGGCCCGCCCGCCGCCGUGCGCCCCAGCGCCACCUUCGCGGGCCCCGCACUCUGGGCCGCGCCCGCCGCCAGCCCCGCCGAGCCCACGCCGCCCUCCUCCGGGGCGCCCCCGCGGAGCCCCAGCGUCCCCGGCUGCGCGCCCGCCCCGGGACAGAACAACCUCAACCGGCCCGGACCCCAGCGCGCCUCGGGCGGGAGCGCCCGCGCCUCCAUCCCGCCCGGGGUCCCCGCGCUCCCGGUGAAGAACCUGAAUGGGACCGGCCCGGUCCACCCGGCCCUGGCAGGAAUGACUGGAAUCCUGCUCUGCGCUGCUGGGCUGCCCGUGUGCCUGACCCGGGCACCCAAACCCAUCCUGCACCCGCCCCCGGUGAGCAAGAGCGACGUCAAGCCGGUGCCCGGCGUGCCCGGGGUGUGCCGCAAGACCAAGAAGAAGCACCUCAAGAAAAGUAAGAACCCUGAGGAUGUGGUUCGGAGGUACAUGCAGAAGGUGAAGAACCCACCUGAUGAGGACUGCACCAUCUGCAUGGAGCGGCUGGUCACGGCGUCCGGCUACGAGGGCGUGCUGAGACGCAAGGGGGUGCGGCCCGAGCUGGUGGGCCGCCUGGGCCGCUGCGGCCACAUGUACCACCUGCUGUGCCUCGUGGCCAUGUACUCCAACGGCAACAAGGACGGCAGCCUGCAGUGCCCCACCUGCAAGGCCAUCUACGGGGAGAAGACGGGCACGCAGCCCCCCGGGAAGAUGGAGUUCCACCUCAUCCCCCACUCGCUGCCCGGCUUCGCCGACACCCAGACCAUCCGCAUCGUCUACGACAUCCCCACCGGCAUCCAGGGCCCUGAGCACCCCAACCCCGGCAAGAAGUUCACCGCCAGAGGCUUCCCGCGCCACUGCUACCUGCCCAACAACGAGAAGGGCCGGAAGGUGUUGCGGCUGCUCAUCACCGCCUGGGAGCGCAGGCUCAUCUUCACCAUCGGCACCUCCAACACCACGGGCGAGUCGGACACCGUGGUGUGGAACGAGAUCCACCACAAGACCGAGUUCGGAUCCAACCUCACGGGCCACGGCUACCCGGACGCUAGCUACCUAGACAACGUGCUGGCCGAGCUCACAGCCCAGGGUGUGUCCGAGGCCACGGCCAAAGCCUGA